AUGGCCGUAGUACUAAACGCUUGGAGAAGCGAUGCGUCUUGCAGUCCUUUAUUUUGUCCAUCUACCGUCGUUAAGGCCGAUUCACACGUCGACUUUUUGUUAAACUUUUUAUUAUAUGUCGUUUUAUUUCCAGUUUAUGACGAGAAUGGCAACCUGGUGAAGACUUAUUCCAGCCCGUACCCAAACAACCCGUAUUUACAGAACCUGAGGCUCAAUGCUGGACACCUGCCUUACUAUGGGAGCUUCUUGAAUCCCUUCUUUGGUUUUAUUAAGACUUCACACUCAUCUCAACCUCAACAGGAUUUCGGCAACAUAUUCACCUUCACAAUUCCAGUAUCUAACGACGUGAUACAGCAAAUCCAAAGAGACCCGGAUUACCACAACAAGCUGAUGAUAACACCAACUAAGGAGCCGGUUAUUGAACAAAACCCUCUCUGUGAGGGGAGACGAACCCAGAUACCUUCGCCAAGCCUUUGUAACAACUAUCUGAACUGCUGGGAUGGAUGGGCAGUGGAGCAGGAGUGCCCCACUGGACUGCUGUUCUCGAAUCAGGGGUACUGCGAUUAUUCUGAUAAUGUGAAUUGUGAGAGCAGGAAACUGAGAGACCCACCUCCAACCCAACCUCAAUGCAAGAAAGAUUUCGAAGCCUUCCGCAACGCGUUCAACUGCAACGAGUUCUUCAUAUGUGUCGGCAGACAACCGGUGAAGUUCCAGUGUCCUGCUGACCUCGCAUACAACCAGCUACUAGGUGUAUGCGACUACCCAACUCGCGUGGACUGCUCAUCGACUGCUACCAACCCUGGCGUCUUUGCUUCUCAGUCAACUGCCGUGCCAUCUGCAAUCAUCCCACCGGCCGCUAUCGUCCAACCUUCACCUAUAGUCCCACCUGCAUCUGUUUCACCAUCAGAGCCUAUAGCACCACCUGCACCGAUUGCUCCUCCUGUGCCAAUGGCCCCACCGGUCCCAAUGGCCCCACCGGUCCCAAUUGCCCCAUCUGUGCCUUUAGCCCCAAUAGCCCCAGCCUCAUCGGAACCAAGUCCUGCAAGUCCUGCUCCUGGUACAAUAGCUCCUGUCUUCGUUUCUUCCCCAUCACCUGGUAUAUCCACCAGACCUUUACCUGUUUACGAGGACGGUGAUCUUAAGACUAUUUUCUCGGAAAAUUCUAUUGUUAAUACUCAGAGUUGGACCUCAACACACGUAGCGAUGUCUCGUCAGGACGCCAUCCGUCAGCUGCAACGCACCAUCGCAAAGCUCAAUGUAUAAUGCUGCGUCGCAACGCUUCUGCUACCUCCACUCGCUAACUAACCCAGUAAUGUAGUGUAAACUAUUCGUACUUUACUAAAGUUAGGCAGAAUAGGGCGUGGACUUGGUACACUUGUAGCUUGGCUGUAGAAUGUAGUAAUAAUAAUCUGUUUCGAUAUUUACUUUAUAUCAGUGAACUAGUGAUUUAAUUGGCCGUAAAUCUAGUUCAGUUGUGAGUGUUCCGCCCAGUAUUAUUAAUAUCUUAAUUAAGUACAAUAUCUACAAAUUG